AACUGCCAAGUGCCAACACUCAACAGUAUGUUUAUGAAUCAUCGAAAGUAAUUGCUGUGUUAAAAUUUUGAUAAUAUUUGCGAAAAGGACAUACAUACCAACCAGAUACAAUUCAAAACGUAAUGAAUUAAUUAAAAAUAAAAUUAUAUUAUGAAUUUAAAUUUUAGUUAUUAAAGUUUUACAUAAUAUUAUUAUUUUGAUACCAAAUAUUAUGUUAUAAUAUACAUUGCGAUGCGAUAACUUGUGCAUAAUCAUUUUUUUAAAUUUGUGUUUAAAUUCUAAAGUAGAAACUACAAAAAAGUUACACUGAAUUCUAUAAAAUGAGUGCGGAUGAACGAAAAAUUUUAGCUCACAGACAACAUGUUAAUUAUUUUAUGAGAUUUCUCAAUGUUUUGCCAUCUUCAUUAUCUUCUCAUGAUACAACAAGAGUAACCAUAGCUUAUUUCUCAGUAGCUGGAUUAGAUGUAUUAGGAUCUAUAUCAUCUCUACCUGAGGAUCUACGAAAUCGGAUCAUUAACUGGUUGUACAGGCUACAAGUGUUCCCUGACAAUGAAACCGGUGAUAUGUCGGCUUGUGGUUUUCAAGGGUCCUCAACAGUGAAUAUAGAUUUGAAUUCUGACAAUAAGCAUUAUCGAUGUGGCCAUUUAGCAAUGACGUACACGGGACUUUGCAUCCUGCUCACUCUUGGUGAUGAUUUGUCGAGAUUAAACAGAAAAGCAAUAAUUGACGGUGUGAGAGCGCUACAGACGGAGGAGGGAAACUUCUCGGCGACGCUUUCAGGCUGCGAGUCGGAUAUGAGGUUUGUGUACUGCGCGGCCUGUAUCAGCUACAUGCUUAACGACUGGUCCGGGUUCAAUAUCAAGAGAGCCACAGACUAUAUCAUCAAAUCUAUCGGUUACGAUUUCGGUAUAGCGCAAUGCCCAGAACUAGAAUCUCACGGCGGCACGACGUUUUGCGCUCUGGCAACACUAAGCCUAACCAACCAACUAGACCAAUUAACAGAGAAACAAAUAGAGGGCCUCAAACGUUGGUUAAUACUGCGGCAGAUUGACGGCUUCCAGGGUCGACCCAACAAACCUGUUGACACCUGCUAUAGCUUCUGGGUUGGUGCUUCGCUGAAGAUUUUAGACGCCCUGCAACUGUCGAACUACGACCUCAAUAAGAGUUACGUGUUUGAAACGCAAGACUGUGUUGCUGGGGGGUUCUCAAAAUGGCCGGACACUUGCACAGAUCCCAUGCAUACAUAUCUGGGCUUGGCCGGCCUGAGCCUUAUAGGGCAGACUGGUUUGUUGGAAAUAGUGCCUACGUUGAAUAUAACUAAACGCGCGCAUCAGCAUUUAAAAACGUUACACGAACAAUGGUUGCACGAGGUGAUAUAGUAAAUGUUUUAUUGUACAAUCCCCGCGAGUUGACAUAGUAACAGGCCGCCAUGUUAUGACGUCAUAGUGAUGUAAUGUCCAGGCAGACACAUCACAAACCAUCAGUCGACUGUACCGUUUGUAUGAAUGUUUGGAAUCGGUUUUAAAUUAAACCGUUAUUAUUGCUUAAAUCGAUAUUAUUUCGUUCGGAGUGUAAACGUUAAAGGGGAGUUUUACGGACCCUUAUUUACCGGUUCAUACCGCGAGAGUAAGAUGAGUAAAUAAUAUGUACUGUACGUUAACCGGUCCGAUUUUUUCUUCGGUUUUCUGGUUUGCGUGAUAAUGACUGUCUGCUUACGCCACUAAGACGUAACAACUAAGUCUUCCCUGUUCUAAUUUGCGGGGGCUAUAGCCGUUUUGGUCAUAAAGUAACUUCGAUAUAUUAUUCCUAUUAUAAGAAAGCAAAGAGUAUUUUUUAUAUUAAAAAUGGAAAUCACAAUUUAUAGUCUAAAUAGCUUUCGAAAGUAGAAUAUAAAAAAGCAUUUAAUUUUUUUUUAAUAUUCAAUGUUUUAUAGAUUGAUAGAGUUAUAUUCAUUUAAAUUAACAGAUUUUAAGAUACGUUAUAGAUCAAUUUGUACAAAUGCAAGAAAGAUGAAUUAAAUAUGGCGGUUUUAGAAUAUUGUCUCAAGACAUGAAAUGCAUUUCAUUUCAAUGCGAUGUCAAUAUCUUCGUAGAUAAUUUUGUAAUAUCAUCAAAUGUGCCUUUAGCUCUCGGAAUUUUAGAAACCUUUUUCAAAACCAACACCGAUUAUUUUCAAUAGUUUGCUAUUAAAAUUACAAGGAUUUUUGUGUUAACUAGGCCGUCAUUUACUUACCGAGAAACGGUGUCUGAAAAUCCAUUUCUAACAAGUCUCGUUUUAUUUACCUUGCGGGGGUAGUUUGUAUGGAACAGCACUAUGUAUAAAAGUCAAAGUGAAAUAAAUUUUAAUCAAUUAUGCUUAAACUAUGCGCUUUUGAAUUGUCAUUGAAAUAUUUCUUUUAAAUUACUGAAUAUUUAUUUACUUAUUUAGAUGGUUACACCAACAACACAUCAUUAUAUAAUUAAAAUUUUAGCAAGUACACAAGGGAUAGUACAAUAUGACAUGUCUUUACAGGUGUAAACAACAUUUACAAUAGUGUGAAAAGAAUAACAAAGUUUAAAGAAAUGAAGGGUCAAACAAAAAUGAUGAUAUUAAAUGACUUAAAAACAUUUCUACUUUAAAAAAAAAAGAGAUUUAUAACUAUACAACAAUACAAUAGUUUAUUUCUUAUAUAUAACUUACAUAACUAAGAUCUUAAUAUUUUAAUGCAGUCGGUUUAAAAUAUACCAGAGUGUAACAAGUUUUGUAAUAUACAAGGUAGUAUGGAUGGUGCUACAUACAAUAUGUUAAUCAUGUUCAAGUUACUAAGCCUUUUAAAUAUAAAAUAUUUCAUCAAAAGUUAUAAUACAUAAACUACAAAAAUUAUGGUAUUGGAUCAUCAACCUUUACGGCCUUACAAAUAAACUUGGUAUAAAGUUAUAACUGAUGAUAAAUUAAGAAAAUGCAAAAUGUUUACAAUAUCGUUGACAACACUGUCAAUACAAUGAUAAUUCUGAAGUUUUCCGAAUGACAAGCUGCCUUGCAAAUAAACGCGGGAAACGUUAUACGUCCUAACAAACCAUUCGUAAGCAAAAUGUCUAUUUGUAAACAUUUUACAUAUUCUUGGUUUACGCUUAGUUAUAACUUUAUGCCAAUUUUAUUUGUAAGACUGCUAGAGUUGAGUUCCUUCACAUGCUUGAAUUCAUUGUUGCUAUGAGAAUCCUUCGUGAACAUGAUGGUCGUGAUUACUGUCAUAAUUAGUAAAUGCAUCCAACAAAUACAAUGAUUUAUGAACGAUUUAUUAAUGAUUUUUUAUCACUCAGGAGAAAAUAAAAAAGCCCUUGGCUUUUCCUUGUGGCUACAAAACAUACCUUCGUUAGGAGUCUCUUAUAUUCUGCCGUUAGUGAACUUACAUAUUAUGUUAUAUGUUUUGUAUACAAAUAUGAACAUAUACUGAUUUUUACACUGUCUUUGCUGUGUUACUUUAUGAUUGAGUUACUUUAUAUUUUUUUUAAAUUUAUUUAGUGGCACGGGAUGCAAGUCCAUAGGCCAGUUACUUUAUAAUCGAUACGGUGUUGCCAUAUGUCAAUGUAGGAAAUAUUCCUUAUAAAUAUCGCCAAUUUGGUGUACAUUGUUGAAUCGAUAGUUGGUGUUAUAUUUUGCGAUCAAUUGUUGGUACUUAUAAAUUUUAAAUAUGUAAGUAGGUGCUAAUUUAUAAUGAAAAUGAACUAUUUCGAAUAGUUUAUUAGGUUAAAAUAAUUGUGUGAUUAUUUUCAUUGUUUAGUAUUAUUUGUGAUGUUUUUUCCGAUCUGUGGUUUUGCUUUUGUGUAAAAAACUUUAUAAAUUUUUAUUGAAACAAAUUAUACCCAUAGUAUAAAUAAUCGUGUGUUACUGCGCAACUGUUAGAAAUGUUUAAAUAUAUUUACAACGAUACACGAUAGUCAAACUCUAGAUGUGAUUGCAACAUUUACGUGUAUUUUGAUGAGUUAAACAAUAAUUACCUAAAUACUGUUUGCACAAAUUAUCUAUUUUCAGAGCUGGUUGAAACGAAUUUAGGUACAAACUCAAUACCUACGAGUUUGUACCUAAAUUCGUUUCAACCUCUUCGGCGUACGAAAUUACUGGCAUAAAAUAUAAAAUUAAUUCUUUGACUUUAAAUAUAUAAUUGAAAAUAUUUAAAUUGAAUGCUGUUAUAUAUAAAAACCAAUGGAAAAAGAAGGCGCUAGUGUCGCGUUGAAGGGGUCGUAAAAGCAUUAUUUAAUAUAGUCACUCUUUAUGUUGUAAACCCAGUUUAAGGCUGUGUUGACUGAGAAUUAAUAAAAACAGAUUAAAUAUAUUUUUAAAGCAAGGCAAUUAUGAAUAAUGAUUUUAUUUAUAAAGAUGUUCACUUAUAUAAAAUCUCAACUACAUCUCUCCACCUUCAGGCUUCUUAGUUCUUGUAUACACCGCCGGAGACGCAUCCUUAUAUGAACAAAUGUCGCAUAUAUGGACCGUUGGACCGUCACCGCACCUUUACCGCACAUGUACCGCACUUGUACCGCAAUAGCGGCGGAACGAUCAGUUGCGCUAGUGGACAUCAUGCAUUUCAUUCGAAAAAAUAAUUAAAAUUGAAUAUUAUUCUGA